AAUUAUUACAGUGGCAUUAGCAAUGCUACUAACGUAUAACCCCAUCUUUCCGGCCACCCACCUUUCCGUAGUGGUGUUGAGAGAACUUAUAGGUGCUAGAGAUGCUGGCCUUUUUACAGCGUUACAGAGGGGCUUUCCCCCUUUUGUUAGUCUAUUGUAAGCAGAUUUUCAUGUGCCGAUGUUGGACAGUAGUUUAUGGAGUGAUUAUGAGGUGUAAAGUGUUGACGCGCCACAUCGUACCCGUCUUUGACGACAGUUAUUCCAACCCUUGCUUCGCCCAGGAAUACCAAACAUCACAAAUUAGUUCUCAAGUAGGACUAUUCAGAAUAGUACCGAUAACAGCAAAGUUUCCCACGCAAAAUUCAUGGCUACUAUGCGAUACUUAUCUAUCACCAUGUAUUGGGCCUUUCGAGUACGAAAUAUAGUUCGUGGACUGCUUGCUACUCGGGAAAGGGGGCCAAGAUUUCAGCUUCUCAAUUAUCCAAGCUUACAAACCAGUACACAUGCUAAG